AUGGGCAUCACCCACCUGUCCCCCCUGGACACCUGUCAGACCUCGCCACUCCUUCCCGACAAACCUGGCGUACCGCGCCUGCCCGACCGGACAACCUGGGCCAGGCUAAACGCCCGCCCGUCCAGGGAUCCCUGCAGGCAACGUCAGCCCGUCCAGGGACACCUGGCGGGCCGUGCCUGCCCGUCCCCAGGACACCUGGCGGGCCUUGCCCCACCCGUCCCGGGAAACACCUGGCGGGUUCUUGCCCGCCCGUCCGGGCCACCUGGCGGGCCUCACCCGCCCUUCCCAGACACCUGCGAACAUUGCCCACCCUCACGGGACACUUGGCGGGGCUUCGCCCGCCUACGUCCCGUGACACCUAGCGGGCAAGCGCCCACACCGUUCCCACAAGGACACCUGGCUGGCACGCCCGCCACGUCCCGGGACGCCUGGAAGGCCGCGGCGCCCGUCCUCGGGACACCUGCGGGCCUCCUGCCCGCACGUCCCCCAGGACGCCCUGGUGCGGGCCUCCGCCCACCCGUCCAAGGCCCGCCCACCCUCCAGGGACGCCUGGCGAGCCGUCGCCCGCCCUCCCGGGACCCUGGCGGGCCUCGCCGCCGUCCCGAGACGCUGGGCUGGGCUCCCCCCGCCCGUCCCAGGACGCCACCGUCGGGGCCUCCUGACCGCCCGUUCCCGGACGCCUGGCGGGCCUCUGCCCGCCCGUCCCGGACGCCUGGCGAGCCUGCUGCCGCACCGUCCCGGAACGCCUGGCGGGCCUCGCCCACCCAUUCCCGGUACACCUUGCGGGGGACCGCUGCCCGCCCGUCCCCGGGACACCCUGGCGGGCCGCUGCCCGCGCCGUCCCCGGGGGUAGCUCCUGGCUGGCCUCUGCCCCCGUCCCCGGGAGUCCUGGCGGGCCUCGUGCCCGCCCGUUCCCCGGGAAGCCUGCGGGCCUCUGCCCGCCCGUACCCCGGGAGGCCUGGCGGCCUCUGCCCGCCCCGUCCCCGUGAGCCUGGCGGGCCUCUGCCCGCCCGUCCCCGGGAGGCCUGGCGGGCCUCUGCACGCCCGUCCCCGGGAGGCCUGCUGCCCCCCUCUGCCCCGCCCUCCUCCCCGGAGGGCCUUGCGGGCCUCUGCCCCCCGUCCCAGGGGACGCCUGGCCCGCCCGUCCCCGGGACGCCUGGCGGGCCCGCUGCGCCACCGCGCAGUUCCGUCCCAGGAAGCCUGGGCGGGCCUCCCGCACCGUCCCAGGACGCCUGCGGCCUUUGCCCGCCCGUCCCGGAAGCCUGGCGGGCCUCUGCCCGCCCGUCCCCGGACGCCUGGCGGGCCGCUGCCCGCACCUUCCCCGGGACGCCUGGCGGGCCUUCUGCCCGGCCGGUCCCCGGGACUCCUGGCGGGCCUCUGCCCACCGCCUUCCCCCGGUACGCCCUGGCGUGCCCGCUGCCCCCCGUCCCCGGGACCGGCCUGGCCGGGCCUCUGCCCGCACUCCCCGGGACCGCUGUCGGGCCGCUGCCCGCCGGUCCCCGGGACGCCUGCGUGGCGGGGGCCCGCCGUCCCGCGGGACGCCUGUCGGGCGGGGCCCCCGGUCCCCCGGGACGCCUGGCGGCCGGGGGCCCCGCCGGUCCCCCUGGGACGCCCCUGGCUGCGGGGGCCCGCCAGUCCCUGGGACGCCUGGCGUCGGAGGCCCGGGCGCUCUUGCCCAGUGACCCCCGGGAACGCUGGCGGGCGGAGGCCCCGCCAUCCCCGGGACGCCUGCGUGCGGAGGCCCGCCGGUCCCCAGGACGCCUGGCGGGCGGAGGCCCGCCGGUCCCCGGGGACCGGGCCUUGUGGGCGGAGGCCCGCCGGGCCCCGGACGCCUGGCGGGCAGAGGCCCGCCGGCCCCCGGGAACCCUGGCGGCAAGAGCCCGCCGGCCCCCGGACGCCCUGGCGGGCGAGGCCCGCCGGCCCCCGGACGCCUGGCGGGCGGAAGGCCCGCCGGCCCCGGACGCCUGGCGGGCAGAGGCCCACCCGCGGCCCCCGGGUAGGCCUGGCGGGCGGAGGCCCGCCGGUCCCCCCCCGCACGUGCCUGGCGGGCGGAGGCCCGCCGUCCCCGGGACGCCUGGCGGGCGGAGGCCCGCAUGUCCCCCGGGGCGCCUGGGCGGGCGGAGGCCCGCGGUCCCCCGGGACGCCUGGCGGGCGGAGGCCAGCCGUCCCCGGGACCGCCUGGCGGGCGAGGUCCCGCCGAUCCCCGGACGCCUGGCGGCCUCCCAGACGCCUGGCGGCGGAGGCCCGCCCGUCCCCGGGACGGACCUGGGCGGGCGGAGGCCCGCCGGUCCCCGGGACGGCCCUGGCGGCGGAGGCCCGCCCGUCCCGUGCCUUGGCGGGCCUUUCUUGCCCGCCUCCCUGGACGCCUGGCGGGCCCCUCGCCCGCCUCCUUAA